UUAGUAGGGACAUUUUUUGACAGGUGAACUCGUCAACCAGAUACAUCGCUAUCUAUAUACUGCAUGCGAAUUAUCUGAGUAAUCGUAUUGUACAUACGAGUUGACAAUCGUGCGUCGAUGUUAGGAGCCUCAAUUUAAAUUACGUUAUAUAGUAUACAGAUCUCUUCAGCCCAAAUGUUCUUGCUGCUCGCAGUAACCUACGAAAAACAAAAAGUCCUUGAGGAUAAUUCAAGCGAGCAUUUUCUAAGGCAGUGAUGACGUUUGGAACAUCCCCCAGCGGCCCCCCAAUGUAUUAACCAAAUAGUACAGACGAACAUUUACCCUGGCAUAGAUAGCACAGCUCCAAAGCUUCAUCCUGUCAAGGAUCAAACUUGGUCAAGGAAACGAAAUUCAGACAUCUAUGCCAGAAGUGGCAGGUGAGUUUCUUGGGCGUUGCCUCAGGGACUAUUAUACGUGUUCCUGUUAGUGGUAUUCGAACAAUCCAGUAAUGCCACAUCUGUCCGUGUGUCAGGGUAUCGACAGUCUGUUUUGGGCACCAGCGCACAUGUGGCACCGUUAUCUUUUCCCUACCCUUUGCGGCCGACUCCGUCCACAUGAUGCGUGGCGUUACAAACGCUCAUCUAUACACGGACACACACAUGCACAUUAUGUUGUUAUUCACAUUAGCCCCGGAGCAGUUAUCCACAUGUUAGAGACUAUGACACUGUCAGCGGCCGGAGCGCUAAGUCUGGACGAAUUCGAUUUGUUGGGGCCGACUGACGACGGCCUUGCCCUUUCCAUUGUGGAAAGGGUAUCGCUGACUAGGCCGUGGGUUAUGAGCCAGCCAUGGCAAGACACAAAAGCGUGGCAACGGUGACCCGGCAUAUGGCUGACUGGUUCUCUGCAGGUCGCCUCCGCCUUCCGAUUGAACUUUGUUUGCACUGUCACUGCUACAGCUCCUGUUGGCACAUUGCAGUCAACGUAGAUCCUUGGUGCAGCUCCGAUGCGUCCUCCUCGCCUUUCCCUCAUGCGUGAGGAGAGGGAGCGGCGAGGCCGCAGCGUUACCAGCGGCAACUGACUGGGGCGAGAAGUGUUCCUGUGUUGGCGCUGUGGUUAGAACUAGUGAGCCCCGGUGGUUGGGACAAGCUGGGCCAAGAUCGCAACCAGGACCGUGAUGUCCUUCCGUGUGGCAACGAAUGAAAGGCGACAUUGAGCGAGAGAGGUACAAGCAGCGAGAGGGAUGAGUGAUAGAACCGACUGAUCAACUUGGUGGUUCAUGCUAGCAGGGUAUGAGCCCAUGCCACUGGCUAGAUUCAUGAGAGGGUCUUGCCACGAACGGGCGAGGAGUCCUCUACAGACGGCUGUUGCGCACGCUGCUUCGGGUAGAGUCGCCCGUGCGUAGUGUCACAAUGCUCCAAGAAGCUAAACAGCAACAGCAGUCAAACGGUGAGAGAGGUACGCGCUGUUGUUAUGGUCAGGUCAACUAUUUCUGUUUUCCCUUGCCCACAGAUACUGGAGACGAUACCGCUGUGCUCGAAGGAAAGAAUGAAAACAAUAUGACCCGCAGGAAAAGCGAGACAAGUGGCUAUUAGUUGAUAGUUGGUUUACUGACUCCGUCGACCGGCUGACGUGUUCAUUGAUGAAUUCGAGACGACGACGAUGACCAUAAUAUCCUUUCGCUGACAUCGCCACUUUCGCCGUCGCCUGGUCUAAUCGAGUUUAGAACAAUAGCUGAACGCAGUAGUUCAGCUGCCUUGCGGCCUCGAACGACGAAUGAAGCGGACAGACAAAGCUGCAGAACGUUCGAAAACAACGAUACAGAUGCAGCCUAUACAAAGACGACAGACCUGAUAGCAAAUAUUUAGCGUAUAGGAUAAAUAAAGCCAGUUCGUGACAAUCAAACGUUUCGUGAGAUAGUGCUCGUCAAAUAAGUUGCAGCGCGUAUCAAUGACUAGCCGCGGCUAGAUCAUAAAUCACGGAAGGUGCAUUCAGUCGAUAAGUUCUAACGUUGUUGUUAGUGUAUUUUGAUGGUCCUGAUUUGACGACGACUAACUGUGGCUUACGGCACACUAACGACUACCAGAGGGCGUCACUGCGGGAGGAAGCGGGGCCCUUCAAAAACGUGUUCAGAUGGCCCCCUCGUGAAAUCAUCAUUGUGCAUUUAGUAACCAAUAGGAUAUAAUUAAAUUAACCAACCAAAUAUAGAGAAAGACCAAGAAGCCAGCGUUGGGCGUCUCGCUGGAGGAACUUUAGUUACCCCAGGAGGUGUGCAGUGUAUGACGGAGAAACCUUGGACGAAGUGGACGCUCUGUGUGUCAGUCAACGAGCUAUGCGGAUAGAAUCACUCUUCUUCUGCGAAAGCCGGGGGUGGAACUGCGGCCUUGAGUGCUUUCAUCGACGCACAGCGCGCUUUUUUCCGCUCGUUGGUAGUCGUUUCCUCUUUUACAGAGGCCUUCUCGAGUCGCUCGCGGUAUUCGUGACCGGGUUUUCUUCUUUAUCUUUAUCGAUAGCUCAACACAGUACUGCCGUUACGCGUUGCUUUCUGCGGUCGACCGCCACCAGGACGAAAAAAUAUGCCUAUGCCCGGUUUCGAACCUAGGCCAUUACGUCUUCCCAAGUUCAGCGCAGUCUGCUAACUAUUUAAUAACGGAACAGCUGCGGGUGCUGUCAAUCAGCAAGUUUCAAAGAUGUCGACCGAUGUGGCGGUGAGUUUAGGCGCCAUCAAGGUCGACACAAGGAGCCUGAAGCCUUUCAAAUCAUCUGAGGAGUACCUCUGGGCAAUGAAGGAGGAUCUGGCAGAAUGGUUCAAUGAGAUGUACCAGACAGGCAUGGACGCAUUCAACUUCUUCGAUAAACUUGAAGACGGUGUAGUGUUAUGUCGGCACGCUAACAACGUAAUCGACCGUGCCGAGAAGCUUAAAGUUGUCAAAGUUACUCGACUGAACGGAAGUCCCAAUUGCAAAGAUCUGAAGCCGCGCACCUUCCGCAGAUUCAAUUACAAAAAAGAAGUUCAGCCUGGUUCAUGGCUGGCACGCGAUAACAUUUCACAUUUCAUUGAAUUUUGUCACGACCUGCAGAUCAACGAAUGUCUUCGCUUUGAGACGGACGACCUUGUACUACGGAAAAAUAAAAAAUCUGUAAUUUUGUGUUUACUUGAAGUGGCCCGGCAUGGGUUUCACUUUGGAAUGACAGCACCCGUCCUUGUAAAGAUGGAAUUCGAGAUCGAUUCACAGCUUGCAAAUCGAACGUCCUCACCAGAGUCCAGCGCAAGUUCAGGCCGCUCUACUCCCACAGGACCUCGAGUGAAUAACGAAAAUAAAACCGCUAAUGGUCAAAGUUCCCCACCACUGCCAUCGGACAGGGGCGUUCAAGUGGCACCAACAAGUUCACUGCCCAACGUGCAAACUGUUACGAACGACCUCAGGUCAUUGCAUGAAAGGGUGGUUGAACUCUUGGCACAGUGUAGUUGCCCCACGCAAUUCCCCAUGAUCCGGGUUCGCGAGGGCCAAUAUCGGAUUGGCGAAUCAAAAAUGCUCAUUUUCGUUAGGAUCCUGCGUAAUCAUAUUAUGGUCCGUGUGGGCGGCGGUUGGGACACACUUGCGCACUUUUUGGAUAAGCAUGAUCCAUGCCGAUGCCGCUUUGGGCAUCGUGAGACCCUCGCAGGACAGGUGCGCAUCGAUCGAUCUGGGGGAGAUCACCAAAUGGUUAAACAGGUGGAGUUCAAGCGAAUCAUGGCCCCAGUUCCUGCGCCCAAAGAACCGUGGAAAUAGAGGUUCAUUCCUUACGACAUAGCCAAAUUGUGCUCGGGAUAGCUAUUUUUAGUCAGUCGUAUAUUUUUCAUUGACUAGCCCCUGGUAUAUAAUAAAAUCCAGCUACAAAACGAACAGUUGACGUAUUGAUAUACGUUCCUCAAGAACGCUAAUCGACGGCCAUAUUCCUCGAUGCCAUACCAAAUUGCAGCCCUGAAUAUAGUUGAAUCGUUCGAGCGCUUUACUCUACUCUGCAUCGUUUCAGUGUUUUUAUGAGCACACUUUACCACAAGGACGAGCUGUCACCUGUCGAUUGUCUCUAGCUAAGUUAGCCGCGACCUCAUAUUUGUCACCACUUCAAAAAAGGCGCUCGGCAUUGCAGCUACUUUUCUUACACAUAAUUGGUCAUUCCGUAUAGUUCAACUAUACGGACGGAUCUUUUUGGCAGUAUGUCUAACAACAGUAUUUAUGGCAACUUGAGGAUGGUUAUGCCUCGGAAACCUAUCAGAUUCGGGAAGUUUCUAAAUGAUAGAUUUUUUUAACAACUCAAUACUGUUCACUUCACAGCUACGGCUCCAUAUCAAGUUGCUAUGAAUAGCGUCAAGAUAGCUGUGAGUAUUUGCAUUUGAAACGAGUGUAUGACACUCGUAUGGACCGAACGGCUUUUUGAUCGUUGAUUGAUUGUUAGACAAAGCAAUGGGGGUAGUAUGCGUACUUCCUAGAGAACGUAGUUUAAGGGGUUGCACAGGACAACUGUUCUACUGACUAAUAGCACACGUAAGGGCUUACUUCGCAGAAGACACUAUCGCUUCCCACAGGUUUUCUGCCGUAAGAUGAAAUCUUAAGAGAAACGUAUAAAAUGAGGGAAACUGAUUUAUUGUGAAUAGCCUUGCUAUAACAGCUAGAGCUUGUAGCAAAGAUAUAAGCGACUUCCAGCCAUAAACAAAAAACGAGUGAUGUUCGCGCUCAGAGUAGAUGGGCUACUAUAGUGCAAUACGUGCAUAAUAUACAAAAAGAAUAGGACAAUAGUAAAAAAACAGAGGUUUAUAUCGAAGUUUUGUAUAUAAUAAUAAUAGCGUUUUGUACCGUACUAUCGUUUUAUAUACUCUAAUUAAUAUAUUACUGUAUUGGAUUUGAAAGAAGAACGAUGUUGUAGUUAUUAUUACCAUGAAUAUUAUGACGCAGUUUUAUUUUGUGCUUUUAUCAUACAUACUAUCACGUCUCAUCUGCCAUACUAGAGAUUCGCUACGAUAAAAUAACGAUGUCCACUGCAAACCAUAUCGUUAGCUUCAUAAACUAAACCCCUUCUUUAAUCGCUACUUCGAGCUUGUAAUUGAUAAUAAUAGGACCACCGAAUUUUUCCGUGAGGUAUAGUCAAAUGUAGGGUGCCACUGCAUUCAGUUUCUAUAUUUCGAAAUCUCAAAGCGUCGUUGGCGAUCUGGACGGUGGCGACGCGCGGUACACGACGAUGAAACUCAGUGCACCCGAUUCUCAUUCGCGUCCUUGCUCCAAUCUCCAAACGCUAGAUCAGAACGUGAAGCUCAGGCAAAGUCAUCUACGUAAACGAGAUGGUCGCACGAGCAGAGUUUCAAUCGUUUCACUUUACUAUGGAAUAGGUUUAUAAAAGAUAAUGCUACAAAUUAUAUUAGAUUAAAUUAUACGCUUACAGAGAAAGCUAGACAGGGGGUGACAUUCGUUGUGACACCUGUCGUCUACGCUCAAACCCUGAAAACACUAGUGGGUGUAUAUAUAUAUAUAUAUAUAUAUAUAUAUAUAUAUAUAUAUAUAUAUGAAUGACUGUUGUAUCAUCUCUAAAGAAAGUAUAUUUACGAAACGUCUAACAAACGUAAAUAAGUGAAGCACAGUUACAUCACCAACGACCAUGAAGACCAGGCUGAUUUCAGAAGAGCUUUUAGCUUUAAUAAUAAAGUAUAUACAUGUCUACGUUGUCAAAGAACUGACUACAUUACUUGUUGCGUUUUUUUUUUCUCGUAUAUUGCCGUUACAUGACAUUUUGAAGUACAUGUCGUUGAAAUGUUCUCUUUAAACAGUGCCUGAAACUAUGAAGCGCCGCGCUAUAGCUGGAUAGCCAUCUGCUCCUAGGAGAACCUUACUUGAUAGGAUAGACGAGUGGUAGAUAGUAUCGACAUCCAUCAAAGGGCCAAAAUGUCGCACAGAAAAUGUUUGUGUUACAUUUGAAAUACAUGCUCUUUGUGGUCCUUUCGUUCUGAAGAACUAGAAAGACAAAGCAUUGUUAAGUGACUUGCGUCAUUUUUGCCCUUCCAUCAUUGUCAUUCGAUGGGCACGCAUUUGUUAAACUAUAUCAAAGUUCCUUCAGUUACGAAAUACUGCCCUGACACCCCACUCUUUUUUUAAUUAAAUUUUUGUACCAAAAGGAACGAAUUGGGUUAAUAAACAUACAUUUAGGUUUAUCGAUAAGCUAUUUUAUAAGGUAUAUGCAGAUAUAUAUAUAUAUAUAUAUAUAUUAAAUAGAUCGAAAACAGAUUAUAUGUGCCGGCGUCAGUCAUUGGCCCAUAAAGCAAGCGCAUAAUUCAUUCAUUAUGAUCUAGUGUGGCUACAGGAUGCGUCAUGAGUUUUGAAUCUAAACAAAGAAGAAGAAGGUGUACUGAUGCUGAUCUUGAUGGAGCGCUGGAGUCCUUGGAUGGAUAGGCGGGGUUCGAGGAGAUCGGUGAGGUACUUUCAGAUGUCACGCGGAUUCUAACUAAAUUACUCAUAGAAUUUUACACCUUUUUUUUUUAGGACACGAUUUUUUUUAGUACACGACCAAGACCUAGAUACCGUGAAUGAAGUCAUAUGGCCUAUCGCAAACAACGUUCUUUCUUUAUAAUGAAAAUUUUUAUUUAGAAUCGGACAGUUGCGAAUAAUUUCAGUUGAUGUUCUCAAGCUAACUGGAUGCUUCAACUAAUAAGGCUUUUUUGUUUUUUUUUCUUUUUGUUAACAAUGACCGUUUGUCCAACAAAUGUUGUUUUUUCGUUGUUGGACGUAGGUUUUCCUUUGAUAGCGCUUUAGCACUCUAGAACGCCGUACGGUUUUAGCGAAUGGCUUCUUCGUUCGUUGCUCUCGCUGGUACCAGACGUAGUCUCUCUACGCACAAAAUGCCGAACACCGACGUAGGCGAGGAGACGACAAAAGAAAAUUAACCGAUACGCUUUGCCGAAUACUUCCAAAAUUCACUCAUCCAUCUGGCCCUUCCCCUACAACUGUUUCCCAAGUCUCAGCCUUGGAAGACAAUUCUGGACCAUUUUUAAAAGUAAAAAAUAUUUUACGAGGACGUACCUCGCUUUUUCAUGUCACAGUAAUGUGAGGCCCCCGUUGCCUACAGAGAUCAUUUAUUUUGAAUUUCCAUCCUUGUUCCGGUUCAGUUGUAUUGACGAAAUCAAUAGACAAGCUUAGCCGCUAAGAGGCAGAAUUCUGUGCCUCACUCUACUAAUCCACAACCUAUAUGAUUUAACUAUCAAGUUUGGCCAGCUACAGAAAGGAACAACAAUAAAAUUGCACGGAUGAGCUCAAAAAAUCAUUACGUUAUCAUAUUUGUUGUCGUGUAGAAAAAGCGGCAAGCUGGUCACUCGCGUGCUUAAGUCCUGUUUUUAAAAUAACAUAGUCGGUAUCAAAUUGAUCGUAGCUAUGAACGUGGCCAAUAUUGCCCACUUCCAUACAAAGACAGUUAUCGAGCGACGCUCCAUAAAGCGAACGUCGCUAGUUUCUGUCGUCUAUGAAGAAGCCGCCAGUCAAGAGAAUGUUCGGCUAUGAUUUUCCCCUUCGGUGCGAAUCGUUAUCGAACUGAAUCAACUGGAUGCCAGUUUGUAAUCUUCCUGAUGAAUCACGAAGAUCGCCUAAUUAUAGCGAGUAAAGAGGGCUACGUGUGCGAUGAUGUUGUCUCCUCAUCUCGGUGAUUCUAUGUAAGCCGACACAACGUUUACCACUCAGAAAAGCUCAUAGCCCAUCGAGGUACAUGUACUUACUAGGGAUGUGUGUGUGUGUCUGUGUGCGUGUGUAUUUAGACGAUUUUCGAAAGUCGAUAGGAACAUACUUAUCGUGUGCUAUUGACCCAGUUUACAGCACAAGCUUGAUCUUAUAAUAGACGUAAGUAGUGCACUGGAUAUAGCUGGACUUGCGCAUUUGACUUAUUCGAAGGCCAGUGAGAUCAAAGGCGAGGGAGUCUGUGAAUGACCAUACGGUUUUUGAGGACGCUGCUACUACAGAUCUUAAAAGUUACAUAGAACAGAAGCUAAAUUCUAGUCGUUAUAGGUGGCCUAGAAGACGUGACGAUGCGUCAAAUCUUGUCAUCACAUUAAAUACUUUCCAACACCCAUUUUUUGCCGCCAUUAGUGCUCUUUGCUAUAAAUGAAUGCAUCCCGCUAUCUCAUAUGGGCGGCUGUCGAUGAAAACACACUACUUUAGGCCACUGCUUAAACUGCUACCUCUCUACUAAAAUAUGCUUAUUAUAGACGAGAGUUACUUGUAUAUUGGGGGGUUGUUAGACUCCACGUCCACAGUGCAUUCAAAUAACUAAAAUCGUCAACAAGAGACUACCCAAAAAUGAGUGCUUCUUGUUGAGUCAGUUACAGUGGAACCUCGCUGCGAUUCCAAAAAACAGGUGCACUAUCAAUCUUAGCGUAAACGUUCAUCUGUAUGAUGAGAAGCUCAGAGAACUAUCAGUAAGUAUUCUGUCCGAUGCCGUUUAUGUGUCAAUACUUGCGGAUCAAUCAUGAGACCUCUGUCGCGUAAAAUUUCCUUUGUUUCGUUUUUCUCGAGCCCGUAUUGAUCUAGUUAUUGUUACUAUUAUCAGUAUCCUUUGUUUCUCAUAGUGAAACAAUAUUAAGAUAUCUCAUCAUCGUUAUUAUUACAUGGUAAUCUUUAUUAUUAUUAUUAUUAUUACUGUGUUAAAUUGCCUCAACUUACACGACUAUUUACAGUUUCCCUAAUAAAAUUUGUGAUUUAUUCGCAGAUGAUCUGAAGUUUUGGUUACACAUGCUGAUUAUUGGGAUUUAUCGCGUCCGCAGACCCAGUUGUCACGUCGUUCGCGGACGGCGAAGGUCGUUCUUGAAAACUCAAAAAGAAGUAGCGUUUUUAUGUGUAUAUAAAGGUUGCGAUGCAAAAAAUCAAGGGUCACACAAUUCAUUUAUUGAAAUUUUUCACUUAAUAAAAAAUUGAUUACGUAAUUUUCUAUCGAAAAUUGGCUAGUUAAUCUAUAAAUAGAAGAUCGUCGAUAUUUUGUUCGUUUAGUCAUCUAAUUACCGUAUUGAGAAUUAAAUUAACGCAAAGCCACCGAAAAGCACGUCCCGUUUUCAUAUAGUGGUAAUUUUUUUUUAUCAAUAGAAACGCAUACUCGUCUUUUAUGACAGCACUCGUUGGAGAUAGAUAUUAAGCCGCGGGCAAGUUCUUCAAUGAAGUGUGUAUGAACUGCUAUUUCCUAUGCUUGGCCUAGUACCUUGUACAUAGAUGUGCUUACAACUGCAAUCGUAUGAAUAAGUACAACGCAAGUAAUUAUAUAAACUAGCUCUUAACAUUAUAUUGUAAAUGGGUUUUCAGACGACCUUAAGCACUAUGUUUUUAUUAAGGUUAUUUACGUAAACUGUGUAGCAUUUGCCGUUGGCGGGACUUGAGCUUGUUCAAGAUCUACGGUGAUUGGCAUGAAGUGAAGGAAGUCAUUUUUGGAAUCGAUUUUACUAAAAAAAAAUGGUGCGACCCUUGCUCUUUCCAAUCGCUCCUGAUUAUCAUAAAUGACAACUAUCACAGGGCAAACACUAUACCAUAUUCGUCAUCAUUAUUAUUACAUAAUUGUGAAUGUUCAUUUCAUCAAUGUACUAUAUAUAUAUUAUUACUAUUAUAUCGUCUUUCUACUACGAGACUUUCGGAAGCAAGCACGACUCUUCUUUGACCUAGCACAAACCCAUUCAUCCGGGUCUGCGUGCCGUGAACAUACAUGCGUGCCAUUGGUCGACCAAGCAAUCGAAAUGCCUCUAAUAUAUCUUGCAGCCAAAGCGCCUAAUAAGCGUCACGCCACUUGGACGCAAUAAUGUAUCGGGCGCGAGUUGAGCACUUGAAUGUGGACAAAUCAUAAUAAUUACGACAACGGCUACAAAUACGGAUAGGACACAGCACCACACACCUUCCAGGACCUCAUUUUCACCGCACCCACCACCGUGCGAAUUACCAAUUUUCGUCACCACGAGCUAUGAAGAGCUCAAUAUUAAAUGGCCAAUUUAUAUGAAGAUAGGUGACUUAUUUAUAAAAUGGGCGGGAUUUCUGUCAAUCAGGUCUUAAAAAUUCUACCAAGUGUUCCCAUGUUGGGGUUUGUUUAUACUAGCACUCUAGGAUUUCUGUGCAUAUACAGACAUGUUGUCUUUGUAGAGUAGAUGUUGCUUUAGCAUGUCUCGCUCUACAGAAUGGUGCGCGAUUUACGAGACUAUACCAAUAGUAACUUCAUUUAUUCAAUUUAACAAUUAUUGCCAUAGCAAGGAAAAGCGAAUUCUCUACUAUAGACAUUGUAAUCUUGCGCCAAUCAAUGACCCAACAUAUUGCAGCACGGCAGGUUAUACCCGAUUUUUAGUAUUUCCAAUAAGACGUGAAGGCUUUGUCAUCGUUAGGUAGCCUGACACGUGACGUCAUUAAUCACUGGGGGUUUCGGUAUUGUCGAACCAGCUGUCAAUAACCAGCAGGAUCCGUAUCACUCGAGGGUUGGAUGAAACCCUCGAUAUAACAAGAAAAUUACCAUUAAACAACAUCGCCCUCCGUAUGCCUUUCAAACCCAUUGAGUUUAAUUAAUGUUAUCUUUAUGUUAUGAUCAGUUUCAUUUUAACAGUUGAUACAGUCAGGUUUGUCAUGUCCUGCGGGUCUGCGUAAUAUUACCACUGUUUGUUGAAUAGUGUAUAUAUAUAUAUUGUAAAAUGCGGGGUCCCCUCAAUUAGAUAACCUUUUUACUGAAUGUCCUCACGGUGCCCGCAGUCAAACUGAAGUGCGUCAUUGUUUCGGUUGUUGGAAAUGUUGCUUGCCUAGGUUUCCAGCCUAACUAGCUAGACUCCAUCUAGGCGCGAUUCGAUUAUCUAUAGACGGUUUAAAGGCUAGUCAGCGAACAACACUUCAGUUUAGUAUUUUACUUUAGGUUUUUUCAGGCUGAAAUCAGUAGUCGAAUGAUAAUGAAUGAAUGAAUGAAUGAAUGAAUCAAGUGCUCUGCUGUGUAGCCUGGACAAUGAAUGACGCGACCGCUAAAUGGGGCACUGAGCACGUGGUGUAUAUGGAAUUAUCAAGAACAAAGAUGCUUUUCCGUAUGUCAAAUACAUUGUCGCAAUAUUGUGCUCGUAUACUGACUCACUGUAUAAUAGAACUCAAUUUUUGCCUUGUCGAACUCUGGUCUUGCUCAAGCAACAAUAUUCCCGCUCAGCGUCCGAACCAAUCAUCUGAUCAUUCCGAUCAGAUCCCUAACCCUUGGGAACCCCGCAAUUUAUGCCUAUUCCUUGGCAUAUAAUGUUAUCGGGACACCACCAGUGAAAGACGGUAGCGUUGCUUCACUUAUCAUUAUUUUGUUGAAGUAAAAAAUUGUGUGCAUACGCUCAUUUUUGUAUUGUUUAUGUUCUUCUGUCAUCAUCAUUAUGACUACGACCAGUAUCGUGUUGGGACGCUGUUCGUGUUUACACCUGCCUUGACCGGUUCCCAUUAUAGCUUUGUUUUGGACUACCAAAAAUAUUGUAUUUCGGAGAGAUACAGAACGGCGCUCGGACCACGCUUUCCGGAAUUUAAAUAUUUUCUUUGAAUAUUUCGUUGUAGGAGACUGUCAUUUGGCAAAUUCCACAAUAAACUGUUAGCUUUUCAAUAGAAGCAAGCUUUUUCGGAAAUAAUUAAUUUUAUUCGUCGUUAUAUAUCGUGUCGUUAGUUGCUUCGGUUGUUCUGUUCCUCAUUCAUCGAAGCCUCCUUCACACGCCUUUCCCUUGCCUUUUAUUAUCAAACUUCCUGGUAUUCGGAAAGGUUCCCGGAAGAAAUCGCCUUCGACAUAAUUGUAAUUUAUGGCUGAGUCGAACUAAUGGCCAAAGACCUUACACUGGACACCGGUCCUUUGUUUGCGCGCCUAUAUAUUGGCUAGUAUUCUAUGUACACACGAGUAUGUACAGUCGAGAAACAAAUAACAAAAAUACACCGUAUGCUACAAUAACGUUAACGACCAGCUUGAUCAUUUUCUGGGGACCCUGGAAGCUUGCUAGACUGUACAGCGUCUAAUACGCUGAACGAUUUUCUAUCUUAAAAUUUUCAAAAAUGUAGCCCGAAUUGUGAUCUCCAUAUAUAUAUAUAUAUAUAUAUAUAUAUAUAUAUAUAUA